UGAGGCGCCAGUCGUCUCUUUUUGUUUUGAUGAUACAAAUAUGGUGAAAGGAAACGGGUCCAUUAAGGAGUACCGAUCGUUUUAAAACGAAGUAGGAUCGGGAGGUCAAUCAGUAAAAGAUGAAUCUAGAGCUCUUGGAGUCCUUUGGACAGAAUUAUCCAGAGGAAGCUGAUGGCACCCUGGACUGCAUCAGCAUGGCCCUUACAUGCACUUUUAAUCGAUGGGGAACAUUGCUUGCUGUUGGCUGCAAUGAUGGUCGAAUAGUAAUCUGGGAUUUCUUAACCAGAGGAAUUGCCAAAAUCAUCAGUGCUCACAUCCAUCCAGUGUGCUCCCUAUGCUGGAGUCGAGAUGGGCACAAACUUGUCAGUGCUUCCACAGACAACAUUGUCUCACUCUGGGAUGUGCUGACUGGAGACUGUGAUCAGAGGUUUCGUUUUCCAUCACCUAUUCUCAAAGUGCAGUUUCACCCUCGAGACCAAAACAGAGUACUGGUGUGUCCCAUGAAAUCGGCCCCCGUUCUGCUGACUCUUUCAGACUCUAAGCAUGUAGUUCUACCUGUGGAUGAUGACUCAGAUCUAAAUGUGGUUGCAUCCUUUGACAGACGAGGAGAGUAUAUCUACACUGGCAAUGCCAAGGGCAAGAUAUUAGUUUUAAAAACAGACUCUCAGGAUUUAGUGGCUUCCUUCCGUGUCACCACAGGCACCAGUAAUACUACAGCAAUUAAGUCCAUUGAAUUUGCACGUAAGGGGAGCUGUUUCCUGAUCAAUACAGCUGAUCGAAUCAUCCGCGUGUAUGACGGCCGUGAGAUCUUGACAUGUGGUAGAGAUGGAGAGCCAGAGCCCAUGCAGAAGCUACAGGACUUGGUCAACCGAACUCCGUGGAAAAAAUGCUGCUUUUCAGGUGACGGGGAGUACAUUGUAGCUGGUUCAGCAAGACAGCAUGCCCUCUAUAUUUGGGAGAAGAGCAUUGGCAACCUUGUCAAGAUUCUUCAUGGCACCCGGGGAGAGCUACUACUGGAUGUAGCUUGGCAUCCUGUUAGGCCAAUCAUUGCAUCCAUUUCCAGUGGUGUUGUAUCUAUUUGGGCCCAAAACCAGGUGGUGAGUAUCUGGUCUGCUGUAUACUCUGCCGAGACCCUUUUCACAUUUUUUUCACAAAUUGUACUAUUCAACGUUUUUAAAAAAGGAAGCAAAAUAUAUGAAAAAAAAUAAAUACACUUUACAAUC